AUGGCGCAGGUAAGACGCUCGCGUCGUCAUCGAUCUCCACCACCACGAAAAAUUCCUCCUUUACCACGUCCUAUUCCUAUUCAACUGCCAACACGAAAUAGUGAUAGAUCAAUUACUCAAAUAACAACUCCAGUCCUUGAAAUUAAUGUUUCAUAUAAUCAGCAACAUAAUCCUGCCAAUGAUCUUACGGCAAGUAGUAAUAAUUUCGAUCAAUCAUUACUUAGUAUAAAUUCAUCAUCAAUUCAAUUUCACAAUGAUGACAAACAAGCAUCAUCAUCUGAAAAUAAUCCUCCUUUGCAAAAUAAUAAUACUCAAUCAGAAGAAUCUAUGAUUCUUUUAACAAUAAAUGAUGAUAUUGAUGGACUUCUUGAUAAAAAACAUUUGCCUGAUUUUGCACGAUUUCAAUUUCAUAUUCCAUUACUACCACAACAAAUGGACAAUAAUGUUGAAGAUAAUAUUCAUAAACUUCGUCUUCGUUUAAUUGAUUCUGAACUUAAUCAUCAACGUCGUAGUACGGAUGAAUACAUCAAACGAACACAAAAAACAUUUUCUCUUUCAUCUCCGACACCAGCGGAAUAUUAUAUAGAUAAUGUACGACCACCGUCUGUAUUAGUUCGUCAACAAGUUUUACCAAAAAUUUUGAGUAGACAAACAUCUUUAUCAAUAUUAUCUGUUGCAACUUCAUCAUCGUCGAGUCAUUUAUCUCGAGAUCGAAUAGGUAUUGAAAAUGAUCUUCAAAAUAAUUCGGAUAUUGAACGAGAUUUAGAAAUACUUCGAAUAGAAGAAUCAUUAAAUAAACAACAACAUCAUCGACCAAAUCAACAACCAUUGACGAUAUCAAAUUAUUCUUAUGAUCCUCGUUUACAUUUACAAUCUGUACAUGAAAAACAAUUAUAUUUAACAUCUAAUAUGGAUGAUUUAAUUGAUUCAAUGGCAAGACGUCAUUUAGCUUAUCGUCGACUUGAUGCAGCUAUUGAUCGACAACGACGUACUACUAAUGGAUAUCAUGGUCCAUAUAUAGAAUUACCGAAUACUAGUCGAAUAACAUAUCGAAGUCCACACCGAAAUGAUCAUUUAUUAUAUACAAAUCAAAUAGAACAUGAUAUUAAUCGAAUAAAUCCAAAUAGUUUUAAUCAAAGACUUCAAUCACGAAUCGAUUAUUAUAAUCGAAUUCAACCUGAUCCAGAUAGUUUAGUUAUUGAUGAUUCAAUUCAUACAAAUUCCUAUGCAAAAUUACCACCGAUUUCACCAGGAUAUGAUUCAAAUCAUUUAUCAACUCCAUUAACAUCAAAUUUUUAUGAAACUCAACAUGAUUCUCAUAUUCAUCAACGAACAUUACCAUUAAAUUUAUCUGAACAUUCAAUUGAAUUACCAAGUGAUAUUUUUCUUACAACAAAACCAGAUGCAGUAAAUUCUUCACAACAUAAUCUACAAAUUCAUAAAAUUCGACCAAGAUCUAUUUCAAAAGAUAUAAUAGAUCGAUCUAAUGUUGAAAAUGAAAUGCGUUUAGCUACUCGUCAACGUAAUCGUUACAGAAAGAAUUCACAAAAUGAUCAUCAUGAUUUUUUAGUGGAAUCAAGUAUUCAAGAAAAAAUGAAAUCAAAAUAUCGUAGAAAUUUAUUUAAAAAAACUGCGAUUGGAAUUUUAUUUAUAAUACGUCUUAAACAUCAAUCUAUUAAAAAACAUUCAAAGGAAUUAAACUAUCGUUCACAUCAAUCAUCAAAUGCUUUAAUACAUAAAAUUCGUCUUCAAGAAAUAAUUGUUGCUUUACAUCGUUUUUAUCUUGAACCUAAUGGUUCAAUACAUAAAGCACUUAUUCAUGCAAUAAAUAAUUCAAUUUCAUUAGAAAAUGGAUUAAAUAGAUCAUCAAAAAAUUAUUUAGAAGCAAUUCAAAUUAUUGGAAAUACUUUACAAAUUGUUAUUUCAAAAAUAAUAGAAUUCAUGCCUAAAGAUGGUGUUCUUAGUACAGAAAAAGAUUCAGCUGUAUCAGCUCUUAUUCAAGAUGGAAAUCCAUUUCCAGAAAAUCAUUUUUGGCAAUGUGAACGAGAACUUCUUGAUUUUGAUCAUUCAAAAGUUAUAAAUAUAACUAAACAACGAGCAAGACUUUUACUUAUUGGUAGUUUUAUAUUUCGAGCACUUAUUACAACAUUAUUAUUAAAAUCAAUUAAAUACCGAUUAACUCUUGGUCAUGUAACAUCAAAUCAAUCAAUUAAUCUUAAAGUAUUAGCAUCCGUUAUGCUUUAUAUUGGUAGACGAGCAGUAGGAACAAAGUCUCACAUGCUGGCUUUACCACAUGAAUGGCAACUUUCAUUAUAUACUGAUCGAGAUAUUGAAGCGAUUAUUCAACAUUCUGAAAUAAACUCAAUUAUUAAUACAUGUGAACAAUCAUUACGUAUGUGGAGUGAAGAAUAUAUUCGUCGUAUAGAUGCAAAUUUUGGCAAAGAAUUACGAAUGUGA